GGAAUUUUCGAAUUGACUAUCGGCCGGGAUCUCUUGGAUCUUCAAAACGCACAUAGAGUAGGCGAUCAUUUUCCAGUUUCGACCAAAAAGUCUCAAAAGACAGCAGAAAAAACCAGAACUAAAAAUGUCGAAACUAAUAACGGAAAUCGGAACGAAGAUCAUCUGUGUUGGUCGUAACUACGCCAACCACGCUAAAGAGCUAGGCAACCCAAUUCCCAAGGAGCCCGUACUUUUCUUGAAACCAACAUCAUCUUACUUAGCAAAUGGAGGAACUAUUGAGAUCCCAGCUUCAAUGGAUCACCUUCAUUAUGAAACUGAACUUGGUGUAGUUAUUGGAAAGAAAGCUCGCGAUGUUCCACAAUCAUCUGCCAUGGAUUACAUUGCAGGUUAUGCUUUGGGACUCGAUAUGACAGCAAGGGAACUCCAAGCAUCAAUUAAGACUGCAGGCCUUCCGUGGCUAUUGGCUAAAGGACAGGAUACCUUUACACCCAUCAGUGACAUGAUUCCAAAAUCUGCAGUGCCUGAUCCUCACAACUUGGAGCUGUGGCUAAAGGUUGAUGGAGAAAUAAAGCAGAAGGGAUCAACAAAAGAUAUGAUAUUCACAAUUCCAUUCCUAAUCAGCCAUAUAAGUUCUUUCAUCACGCUUCUAGAAGGAGACGUGAUACUUACAGGCACCCCAGAAGGUGUUGGCCCUGUAAAACCAGGUGAAAAAAUAACUGCUGGUAUAACAGAUCUCAUAGACGUUAGUUUUAAUGUUGAAAAACGAAGCGCAGCAGUUAGGAAAUGAUUGCAAUGAUUUAGGAAGCCAAUUCCUGUUGAAGCAUUCUCUGAUUAAUACUGCAUUCUCUGUUGUACAUGGUGUUGGCUCAUGUAUCUUUACUUAAGCUGGAUCACGAUUCACAGCUCGUAUGUGUCAGUUAUGUACCAAAAUCUGUCGUGUUUCAAGCUAACAUACUUUCUGUCGUUGCAGUAGAGACAGUAAGAAAUCAAGGAUAAAAAAUUGUUUGCUAAGAAAGAUUAUCAUGUUAAAGUUGUAGCUGAGUACGUUGCAGAGAGCAUUUACUAGCCGCAUAUCAAUGAAAAAGAGCAAGAAUACCUUUUUAUA